UUGUUCUCGAGAAAACAGAAGGAAGCUUAGGUUUUGUGAUGAAGUGGAGUCAGUUUUACCACCUUGAAGUUGUUAUUUUCCUGUAACAGCAUGUCCCUAGGGGUUUUAAACCAAAAAAACUUGCCACAGAUUCUUGAUAUAUAUAUAUAUUUUUUUUUUUAAACAUUUUAAAGACGUCAUACUUUUUAUCCAUUUGUAGUUACAUUUAAUGAUGUGGAACGUCCGUGAAACAAGUUAUUUCCCGUGAUCGUUAUGAAUAUUAGCGAGUAGUGUUUCAUGGACCUUCAGGACUGACAUGAAAACCUUCCAUGACACGAAUAAGUUAAUGUAAAAUGGACGCACUUAGUGUUGGACAAAGCUCAGAGUGUACUCUUGAUGUGUGUCGUGUGACUGUGAGUCAGAGAUGUCGACUGUCUGUGUUUAAAGACUCAACACUUGUUUCCAGCCACCAGACGAACGGCUCGACUUGGCCAUGGACAUCCUGCGCUUCACCGUCACGCUGCUCAUGAUCAGCUUCUCGGCUUUAUCAGCCUACGAUGAGACCUGGUCCAUUCAGGUUUCCCCAGAGGUGCGAACCAUCGAGGGUUACCCCGCAGUGCUGCCCUGCUCCUUCACACACCCUGCACACACCCUACACUCCUCCAUGAACGUGGUGUGGCGUCUAGGCCACACCCGCACCAGCACCGUGCUCUUCCAUUGCUCCAGCCUCAAUGGCAGCCAGCAAUGCGAGACCGGACCGGACCAGGACCAGCGGUACCGGCUGGAGGGAAACCACCGAGAGCAUGACCUGACUCUGCGUAUCAGCGGCACUGGCCUGCAGGACAACGGGCGCUACUACUGCAGCGUCGAGCUGCCCGACCAACCGCAUGCCAACUACGAGAACAAAAUGGGCACACGGCUCCGAGUGGAAGCUCCACCACGGAUCUUAAGCUUGUCCAUAGGGGGCAGCGUAGACACAAGUCUCAAAGCCCUGUGCCAGGUACAGGGGUCUCCGCUACCUGACGUCCAGUGGACGGGUUUAGAUGAAGUUCUCGAUGCAGAUAACGAAGCCGCCCCGCUCCUACAGGAAGCUCCGGAUCGCCACAGAACCACCAGCCAGCUCCUGGACAUCCAGCCAGGGGGGCAGUACACCUGCACAGCAUCCAAUCCUCUUGGCAACGACCAGGCUACGGUCUACAUUCUGCCCCCGAGUCCAGAAAAGUCCAAAACCAGCAGCAACAGUGGUGAUGCUUUAACCGUACCGCUGCUGCUUGGGUUAGCAUUAGCAGUUAAAUUGCUUCUCUUCCUGGGAGGUCUGGGAGGUUUGUUCAUUAAAUGGAAUGUUGGGUCCAAAAGUCUGAAUCAAUCGACCAAAUGAUGUCUCUCACUCUCAGUAAGCGUUUCUCCAAAACGUGUUGUAAAUACAGCUUUAAUGUUAAGUGGGAACCCAUAAAACCGAUCAGCACCUUGAUUAAACCAAGCUCCGCCCCUCUAGGAUUGAUUGUCAUGUGGUUGGCAUGUUGUUUACAAAUAUUGACAUGUUUUUGUAUGGAAAGUAGCUAUGUCAUAAUUAUAUAGAAUUAUGGUCUAAAAAUAAUUAUACUUGUACUCUUACUUGCACUAAUUACAUUCCCAUGAAUAAACUCAAACCUUGUACUCCUAAAAGGUCAUGACUACACUAUGUACCGUGAAUUUUUUAUUUCGUUUUUGUUUUCCUGAUCGACUCUCAAAUCACAUCAAUAAAAAAAAUUUCGCCCUGGACGUAUGCUCGUCACGCCACAGCGUCAUUUUAACACACUGUUCCUUCCUGUCCUGUCCUUCAUUACAGGUGCAUACUCUAGGGGGCGUGGUCUAUAGUCUGUACCUGUGGAGGGAACUCAGUAACUUCCCUGAAACCCUCAGAAGCAUCGAUUCUCUGACACGUCCAUUUACACGUCAUCCAGACGUUUAUUGUUCUGUGUUUUGAACUCGGUUCGUGUUUGGUUUCGACAGCAGACGACGGAAAAGGGCAAGCGCUUCCUCGAGUGUCUUUAUAAUAAAGAAACCGUACAAAACCUUCAUUUUCCCACAAGAUAUCGCUAACACAACUUCACCGGCGUGUCCGUUCACAUGCAUGAGAGAUAUACAGUAGAUAUAACACCUGGAGUUAUUUCUGCUGCUCAUUUUGUACUUUCCAGAUGUGUUCACACUGACUUCACAGAUUCAGACUAAAAUCCCAGCGACAGGCCGCUUAUAUUUACAUUACACACCUCUACAUC